AUGAAUACCGAGAGAGAGUCGUGUACGUGUACUGGAACUACAGAGAUGAGGAAUCGGUGAGUAAACGCUUAGAACACUUGUGUUUAUAGGAAGCGAAGAAGUUUGCAGUUUUCAUGCUUUACCUUUUUAAGAAAAAUGCCUAAACAAGAAUGAGAUGCUGAGGUGGCUUCGCUAAAAGUCUUAGCAGGCGUGAAGAUUUAAGCCUCGAGGCCCAUUAAGGCGCCAUGACUUGGCCAGUGAGAGAACAGCAGAUAUCUAUUUCGCUAUGAUUUGUGAAGUCAAAUGUUCUGUGUCAUUUAAUUCAGCAAAUGGAAGUUAUUGUUCAUUUUAGUUUUAAAUAUUGCCAGUAGAAAAGCUACUCCUAUCAAGUUUAAUCAUUGAACUGAGACAAUGCCUCCGUCAGAUUUACUUUCUGGUCCUUUCCCCACUCACAUUUCGACCAAAAAGUUGUCUUACUUUGCCGGAAUUAAAACGGGGCCCCUAACAGACCAAUAAAUCCAUCGACACUGCUGAAAAGAAAACUUUCCAGCUUUCGAGAGGAAUUUGUCAGAAACAAGCAAAUAAUAUAGCUCCGCAAAUGCCCUACUGAAUUUCUAGGCUGUGUAGGUGUCUGUGGCGGUUCUUCCACCUCGGUCAUGAUCACUUUUCACUCGAAGCGAGUAGCAAAGAUACGAGGGAAAAUCCCUCGACGCGACUUGACUCGACUUGUACCCACUCUUCCCGCGGCUCCGCGCAUCACAUCAGCUAUUUAGCUGCCGUAUUUUAUGGACCUACAUAACAAUAUAUUUAUAAUCCCGCCCGCUACGCGGCAGGCUACUGAAUUUCACAGGGAGGGAUGUUUCACACUAGUUAAUAUGGACGGAAGUUACGUUUGUCCACAUGUACAAUUUUGUAUCUUCUCAGAACCAUAUCUUUGUUAGUUGUCAACAUACCGCUAUCAAAUUUAGCAAACGUUAUUGAUUUUUAGGCUCAUUUUCCAGUGGUUUUGAUAAAUUUUCGCCUACUUAUUUAUUUCAAAAGUUGACAAAACCGUUUAAGGGUGGAUGACCGUGUAUUGAUGGAUUCGGAUAUUACUUUCGUGUACCUUGGGGCUGUAUGAAACAGUGAAGUGUUUGAUGGCGAUUUUGUGCCUUGCAAAAAUGACAGAAAAAUUUUUAUGUUCAACGAAAAAUUUUUAUUUUAAAUGCCAUAGAUCAAGGUAUUUCGAAUACAUCAAAAACUUUAGUUGUGAAAGAAUGUACCUAUUUGAACAACGCUUUUGGCUUGCAGCCUGAUGCGGACCACUGAGGAAACAGCCAUCACAUCCUUCUCAUAUGAUCACGAAAUCAGGGAAACCUCUAAAAAACUCGACUGGUUCACCGAAGGUAUCUUCACGUGGUCUUAUAUCACACGAACUCGAAUAUGUACUUUAAAUAUAUGGCGGUGGUGGUGGGGGGGAGGGCAAGUUUGUCCCCCCCUCCCACCAUGCAAAUGUCUAUAAAUUUUUCGCGACUUUGAGGAGCUACGUCUUAGCUAGUUUUCAACAAAUGACUUUCAAAUUUGGCGGUAUUCAAAUUUAAAGACGCUCUUUCCAGCGGAGUCGAUGGAUUUCCUUUACUUGUCUAUGUCAAGAGUUGAAAAAAACCAUCGAAAGGUCUAUUGCAUGACGAAUCGUCCCCGAGAUUUGGAACAAUGAAGGUACUAACUUGACUAAUGUAUUGCACUUGAUUGUUCCUUUCUUAAAAUACUGUAAUCCUCUCUAGCUAGCACCCGGAACGGCUUGUGCGUACGGAUUUCCUUUGCCUAACGUGCUUCAUCACCAGCAAACGAAGCAGGCAACAUGCAUGAUAAAAUGCAUCAGGGUUAUCCAACUUCCCAAUGUUUCAAAAUACGCCAGAAGUGUCUCAGAUGGUUUUCUCUAUGCUUUAGAAGCCUGUUUGGUCAAUUUGGAGUUGCCUUAAAAACUAUUUAUCUGUUCGGAUGUCUUAGGGGAACUUUGGUACUCACGAAAGUUUUAGAUGGCUUUUUCGUCUCAUCCGAAAGUGUUAGUUACCCUCAUUUGUCUGGCCGAAAGUUGGAGGACAUGAAGUAGCCUUGCUUUAGAAAAUUACAUGGGACGUUAAGUCUUUAUCCCGAAAGUUUUAGGAGACAUUAAAAAAAUAAUAAUCGCAAUAUCUAGAUAUUAAAAUGUGAAAACACAACCUCCGAAAAUCGCAGUCAAGCUAUUAGAAAACCUCCGAAUAUUUUAGACGAAUGGAACGGUUAUCCAGAAAUUUUUAUCUUUUCUCAAGCCUUAGAAAUUUCUAGAUAAAAUUUGCUCCUUUGAACAGUUUUUUGCAGAAUAUAGUCGCUGGGCGCCCCUGAUGUAUUAAACAUCGAAAUAAAUCCCGGGAAUAAAUACAGAGAGUCAGUUCUCUAGGUUAGUUAGGUUCCCCAUGGUUAGGUAUAAACUGUAUGAUCAAGAAGAAGCGUACAUACCAGUGUUUCGAAGUAUACUUCUAGGUGUACUUUUGAAGCAAUGCUUGGAUAUGAUUGAUCGUUGUCCACUGAAUCUUUUCGCAUCCUAAGUCCAAGAUUAACCAACACGAAGUUCGAUGAAUUGACUGCUUGUUCUUGUGAACUCCAUAUCAAUGCCGGAAGUAGUGUCAAUCUCGAUGUGGAACUGCUAUGGAACCCUCUUCAGUUUCUUGUAGAAAACAAUAAAUCAGUCGUUUGUCUUCUUUCACUUAUUUCCAAAAAGGGAUUAGUCCACUUACUUUAAAACUGAAUUUAAACGACACCAAAGUGUAAACUGUUUUUAUAGCUCAGUGAUGAGUCAUUCAGGUUUGCAUUUGUAAAUGCUUUAAGUUAUGUACGUUUGAACCAAUCAGAAAGCUUUGAUCUGUUAACGUCAUUCAGUUCCAAGGCAGGUCACGCUCAGUCGACUUGUAAAUUGUAUCUGCUGUAGUAUUUUGUCCUUGGUUUAAAUUUUAUUUUAUUUUAUAUAUGUUUGUUUUUAUUUUUUUGGUAUGGCGACGUACAUUAAUCAAUUGUCAAAUAAUAGGAAAAUUUGUUGAGCAUAUGACGUGAACCCUUUUUUAUAAAUGAAUCUAAGUAAAACUUGGAAAAUUUCCUUUUCAGAACCCACCGAGAAAUAAAUUCGUGAUAGGAGGAUACUUUUGCCAUAAGAAAGAAACUUAUUUCCUAUUCGCUAAAGACGUUCUUGAUCUUAUUGCUCCGGAAACGCUGGGAUUUGAUAUUUUUUUAAUAUUGAUUAACUUGCAAUCGAACCCAGCUCGCUGACAAGUCAAGAUGUAUAAUUGUUUGUUCAUUGGAUUUCUCCCCGCUUUCCGUUGACAUUUCACCAACUGAUAAAGAACAGAUAUAAACACUCGUCUCCAGAGUGUCACACAAAACCUUCAGAAACCACACCUUUCUCAGGAGAGCUGGACUGAUACGAGAAUGAAUGACUCUGUCUUAAACUGCAGUAAGUGAAAAGCGUGAAGGGACAACCGAGUCUAUACAGUUCAGUAAAUAGUCAAAAGUUGAACUGAUCCACCCACCCCCGCCACCCCCCUCCCCCCCAAAAAAAUCGCCCUAUGCUGUCCCAAAAAUAUUUAACCUUUUGCUUAAUGGAAGCAAACUUGGUUACCUUAAAACAGCAACCAGGUCCCCGUUAUUAAAAUUCAUGAAGCAAUCUAAGCUUUUAUUGAUAAGGCUGGCGGCUAGGAUAAUGUUACUAUUUUGCAAUGUUCUCUUAUAGGGGAAAUAAUGCAGUUGCGGGACAUGCAGUUGGUUCAGCUGCAAGAGAGCCAAUAGAGCAAGGGGUAGGUAGAUAUUUACAAGCUCAAGAGGUCCCUGUUAUGCGGUAUUCAAUAGGAAAAAUCAAGACCUCCCAACAUUAGUACAAAAGAUAAACGAUUACUUUUUUAUUGCACUAGCACCAGAAAAUGUUUCUGCAGCUCGUGUUUCCAUAAAGCAUGUUGCCAAAAUCAAAAUCUCCUAAAUCCUAACGCAAGCUGUGACUUGAAAAAAAAGGCAGGUUUAAAUUUAUCUGUUUAGUACAUUUUCCAAGUUUUGGCAUCAGCACAUCUAGACUGCCAGGACCACUUCGGUGAUAGUUGGGUGCUGGGACUCACAUUUUUGUGACCGUUAACUGUUUCUUGACCGGCAUUCAUUAUUAGACAACUUAACAAGAUAGUGAUAAAAUCUCCUAUGCUGGUCUAAAAAUACGUAUUUCUACUUUUUUCUAGGCGAUCGGUGGUCAACCCAUUGAAGGCGUAUAUCAUCUCAUUCAUGCUGGACAGGCAGAACAUGGAUCUCAACAUCAUUCUAUUGGUCAGCCUAACGCUGCGGGUUUUCACAAUGGGCUGAUGGAUCCCCAAGGGAUCUCACCAUUGCCAGUUGUGCCACCAAGCUAUCCUCAUCUCCCGAUGAGGGAGCUUAUUGUGAAGAAUUUGAAUUUCAAUCCAUUGCAAGAGGUUCCCUUAUACCAGAUGCAUUCAAGAGGGAGACAACGGAUGCAGUACGCUGAGAUGGCUAGAGGAAUACAGUUCAGUGACUUGGCUGGGGCUAGACCACCAACAACUAACAUGCACUGCAGGCCAGGAUGGACUGUUGCAACUGAGUCGUACGAUGGAAUCAGGUGUUUUAGAUCUGUUGAGGAGACCAGCCAGUUUCCGGAGCAGAAUCAAGGAGGUGAACGCAUGCAUGCAUCCAGAUUUCGUCGACAGCAGACUUUAGACAGGUCAGUAAACGAACACUCCGCACUACACCCCAAUUUCUUUAAACGAUCGAGAGCUUUCUUUCUCUGGCCACGUGUAAUCAGUGCGUCAUGUUACUCCUGGAAAUGAUUGGAAUCGCAAUAUUUGAUCAGUAUACAUGGCAAAAUCAUGAGUCGUUUAAUUAACAGUUUAGUUUCUGAGAUUCUCUUUUGUGGUUUGCUAUCUACCUCAUUUCAUCAAUACGUUUUAGUAAGGGUUUAAAGAAACCCGUGAAAUUUUAAGUAAACAUCGGAGAAUUACAGGUCAUAACCUGAGAUCAGGCGAACCUUAUUCUCUGUUGAUCAGCAAAUCUCCAGUUUCAGCUAUGUUGCAGAUGGCAGUGUUGUUACUAACUCGAGGCCUAUCUUGAGUUUGGUCAGUUCUUGUCACUUGUGUCGGUUUAUCCAUCAGGGUUGUGCUGGAUCGCAGGUAACAGGUCAAAAUGACCCCAUACUCGUAGAGGGGUCAAAGUUAACAUUUUCAGGCAGCUGUGGCAUCCAAGUUUGUUAGUAACUGUUUCCAAUUUUUUUUCUUCAUGCUACCACUCAUAAAACAACCCUCAACAGGUCAAGUCCAGCAGAGCAUUUCUUAACUCAAGGUCAGAUCUGUCGUGGAAAUUAUACUUGGAAAAUAGAGAGUUUCUCUCAGCUCCUCCAGGACGCAAGCAAUGGAGAGAUAAGAUCACUUGAGAGUCCUCCAAUUUACACUAGCUUCCCUUGUGGGUACAAGUUCUUCAUGCGUAUCUUCCCGAAAGGCGUUGAUGGUGGAGAUGGAAGACACAUUGGCCUGUUUGUUGGCAUGAUGCAGGGGGAUUUGGAUAACAGGCUCGAAUGGCCAUUCGGCGGGCAAAUAUCUCUCUCCCUGUUGGAUCAAAGCAAUGAUGCUCACAGGUUCUGUAACGAUGUCAGUGGCACUUUCACGGCUAACGGAAAUCUGGGAGCUUUUCAGGAACCCAGGGCUGCCGGGCGAUACACCACCCUGUAUGGCUACGAAGAGUUUGCGCCCAUCGACAUGGUCUGCACCCCACAGUACUCUAAAGGUGAUGCGGUGAUGAUCAAGAUUGAGAUCAAUAAAAACAUCUAA